UGUAACAUUUUGUUGUAUACAGAUAAACCAUGAAGACUGUCUGUCUAGUUUUGAUUCUGUUGCUGGGAAUCUGUACCUUAACCAACGGCCAGAAUAAGGUUAAAGGUGCAAGGAUUGCAUACAACUCAUGCACGUACGAAGGAAAGACCUACAAAGAUCGCCAGUUUGUGAAGGCCCUCGCUAAAAACGACUGUGAGGAUUGUUCCUGUUUUCAAGACGAGUACAUCCAAUGCUAUCCCAACGGAGUUACUGGAUGUUAACCACACGGAAGAUUACCUUUUUUAUGUGUAUACACAAGUGUUGAACUUAUAAAUAAACAACACGUAAAUCAAAA